CUUACACAAAAGCAAAAGAAAAAAUAAGUUCCCAUUCCAUUUACAUAUAUAUUCUUGCUCUGUUGUGCUGUGCAGCUGCCUGUGCCCCCGCCCCGCCCCGCCCCUUAACCUUUCUUCUCCCCCCACCCCAACAAUAAUUCAAUUGAAAACCUGCCUGAGAACAGGAAAGCUUCUUCGUCCACCGCCACCCCCAAAAGAACCCAAAAAACGGUCAAGUGACAAAAUUGUACUACGUCUUAGCUCCUCCAACUACACAGCUCAAUUAGCACUCAUCCUACACUACACCCACCGAUUAUGGUGAUAAGCAGCAAUAGUAGCAGUAGCCCUACUAACCAAAAGAUUCACAAGGACAGGAGAAUGUUUGUUGGUAUCAUCUGGAACUGUGCUGCUGAGCUCAAACUCCUCCUCACCGCUCUCCUCUUCCUCUGCUCUCUUGCCACUCUCCUCCAAUUCCUCCCUUCCCGCUUCCUUCUCUCUCCCUCCGACCUCCGCCUCUGCCUCUCCGAUUCUAACGUUACCACCCUUAACAAUUCCUCCUCCCAACUCCUCCCUAUUAACACCGAUUACUUGUUCAACCACGGCGUGCUUAAGCGCUCUUUCAACCCCUUCGGCUCUGCUGCUUACAACUUCAUUUUAAUGUCCGCUUACCGAGGCGGCCCCAACACCUUCGCCGUCGUCGGUCUCUCUUCCAAGCCUCUCCACCUCUACGGCAAGCCCACCUAUCAAUGCCUCUGGGUACCCCACCACGAUCCUCUCAAUUCCCUCUCCACUCCCGGCCACAAGAUCCUCCCCGAUUGGGGCUACGGCCGCGUUUACACCGUCGUUGUCGUUAACUGCACUUUCCCAACCCUCGCCGGGGCCGACGGAAAGGGUGGCCAGCUUCUUCUCCGCGCCGCUACCAAUGGCGGAGGUGACCGCACCCUCAACAUCACCGACACCAUUCUCGCCUUGGCCGAAACCCCUCAAGAUUUUGCCAAUUUCACGGCGCAAUUCACAUCGGGGCCCAAGUACGAUUAUCUGUAUUGUGGGUCGUCUCUGUAUGGGAACUUGAGUCCUCAGAGAGUGCGAGAGUGGUUGGCAUAUCACGUGAGACUGUUCGGUGCAAGGCCCUGGAUGGAGAAAGGGUUCGUCACGUUGCAAGAUAUACGGGAGCAGGAAAGGUUCGAUGGCUACUAUCACAAUCAAUUCCUGAUAGUGAAUGAUUGCUUGCAUAGGUACAGAUUUGCAGCCAAGUGGAUAUUCUUCUUUGACGUUGAUGAAUUCAUUUUUGUGCCCAAGAAGACCACCAUCAAUUCCAUCUUGGAUUCCCUCACAGAAUUUACUCAGUUCACAAUUGAGCAGAUGCCCAUGUCCAACAAGCUCUGCUUCUCCCAGGAUGCUCCUACGGCUUUCAGGAAAUGGGGAUUUGAGAAGCUAGUUUACAAGGAUGUGAAGAGGGGUAUAAGGAGGGACCGUAAGUAUGCCGUUCAGCCACUGAGUGUGUUUGCAACUGGAGUGCACAUGUCGCAGAACAUUGUGGGCAAGACGACACACAAGACGGAAGGGCGCAUAAAGUACUUCCAUUAUCAUGGGACGAUUGCAAUGCGGCGCGAACCAUGCCAACAAUUUCUCAAUUCCACAGAGACCACGGUUGAUGGAACUCCUUACAUUGUGGACACUACAAUGCGUGACAUUGCAGGAGCAGUAAAGAGAUUCGAACUCAAAAUGAUUGGCUCUAGAUUGCAAAGAACACGGCAAUGAACAUUUUGGUGCUUUUUGUUUCUCCAUCAUUGAUAGGAAAAGUUUUUGUUGCACUUGAUUCUUGUAUCAUAAAUUUUCAUGUCGUCAUCUCUUUCCACCAGAGCACAUAUACAUACAUAGGUAUUGUUACAGGAAUGCAUGUUUUUUUCUUAUAGGCAAAAGAGAGCAUUACAGUUUUAUAUUCUUUUCAGUUUGGUUUUUGAGAGUAUUUUGUUACAAUGAUUAAUGCGAAUGGAUUAAAUUACCGUGAAA